GCCCCUCAACCGGUCCCGAGCUGGGGCAGAGCUGCCCCGCGGGGGGCUCAACCUCUCCGGACUGCCGGAGGCGGAGGGGAAGCCCCUCUUCGGCAUCGGCAUCGAGAACUUCAUCACCUUGAUCGUCUUCGGCUUGAUCUUCACCCUGGGGGUGCUGGGAAACUCUCUGGUGAUCACGGUGCUGGCGAGGAGCAAGCCAGGCAAGCGCCGCAGCACCACCAACAUCUUCAUCCUCAACCUGAGCAUCGCUGACCUGGCCUACCUGCUCUUCUGCAUCCCCUUCCAGUCCACAGUCUACGUGCUCCCCACCUGGGUGCUGGGCGCCUUCAUCUGCAAGUUUAUCCACUACUUCUUCACUGUCUCCAUGCUGGUGAGCAUCUUCACGCUCUCGGCCAUGUCAGUGGAUCGCUACGUGGCCAUCGUGCAUUCCCGACGCUCCUCGGCCUUGCGUGUUCCCCGCAAUGCGCUGCUGGGCGUGGGGCUCAUCUGGGCGCUCUCAUUUGCCAUGGCCUCACCUGUGGCUCACCACCAGCACCUCUUCCACCGCGACGCCAGCAACCAGACCUUCUGCUGGGAGCACUGGCCCAACCCACGCCACAAGAAGAUCUACGUGGUUUGCACGUUUGUCUUUGGCUAUUUGCUCCCGCUGCUGCUCAUCUCCUUCUGCUAUGCCAAGGUUCUUAAUCAUCUGCAUAAAAAGUUGAGAAACAUGUCAAAGAAGUCAGAAGCGUCCAAGAAAAAG